AUGGCUUUGUCAUCUUUGAGAAUUACAUUUAGAUUGAAGCAGUCUGGUAUUGAAAAUUUAAUGUAUAUAGUAGAAAAUAUUGAUAAGCAUUUUCGAUUUUCUAUUCCACUCCCAUCAUUGUUGCAAGCCUCUGUGAAUUGUCUAGUACAAGAUGGUUUUACUGUAAAAUAUACAAGAAAUCACAAAAAUUCUAUGUCGUACUUAUCAUGUAUAACAAAGAUUUUAAUCAGAAUUUACAAGGAUAAAAAACUUGUUGGAUGCAAGAAAGAACAUCAAAUAGAUAACAUAAGCAGAACAGUACGUCUUAUGGAGUUCAAAGAAUUCAAUAAAGCAUCUUCUUCAAACAGAGGAUGUUUAAAGUGAGCGAAAUGUUUAUUCGUCAAUUAUUACAAUUGAAAGGCAUGUCCAUAGACAAAGCUAUGGCGAUUGUAGAACGUUAUGCCACGCCGCAGAUUUUGAUCACAGCUUUGGAAAAUUCUGGUAAAAAUGGAAAUCAAUUAUUGACAAACAUUCAAGUCGACGACAAGAAACGGCGUCUUGGACCUGCCAUCAGUAAGUCUGUUUAUCAACU